AUGGAAAAACUCCUCCUGCUCCAGUACUCCACUACUCCCAUUAUCUGGGUGUGUAUAUUGGGCCCCAUGUCUUAUAAGAGUUGAAUAUUAGAGGGCUGCCAGACACCCAGCUGGCCUGUGGAGACAACCCGCCCCUGGAGAGACAGAGCCAGGGGUUCGACACAGGAGGAGGAGGAGACAGCAAGUCCCUGGCCUACAACAACCAGAUACAGGAAGUGACAUCAGAACCCAGUAUAGGGGAAGGUCAACUGCAAAAGGACAAGGAGGCAGGCCUCCGAGGUAACCAGGAGACGUCUGCAGCGCGGAGGAGGGGGGCCGACGGAGAAUGGAGGGCAAGGUGUGUGUGGGGAAUGGUGGGAUGUCAUUUUGGAUUUUGUUAAAUUCGGGGGGGUUUCUCAUCAGGUUCUGAAAAAUCUAUUAUUUCUGUUCAAGUUUUUUGAUAAUAAGACCGAAGAGGCAUUAACUGCCAGUUAAUCAUACAGUGCAAAACAGUUCCUAUGUGCUUCCGUGAACAAAGAAAAUAAAGUAUCCAAAAAAAGACUUAGGCUACUUCUCAGGAGUUCCCACCUUUGUAGUUAUAGUAUCUAUUGACACAUGCUAAAUAUAAUUUGGCACUCUGCGUCAGUUGAGCGAUACAGUCUACCACUAAAGCCUGAUGAGUAAAAUGAGAUGCAUGUCUUGUCCAACAAUGCAUGGUCUUGGCUUCCUGAAGGGUUAAAUAGAAAGCCGGCUUGGGUGACCCUAUGUUAUUACUGUAGCAACCUGAGCCUUUGUGAAUAGCGGAGUUGAAGGCUCACACAUGAAUAGGGACUUAAGAACCAUUGUACUAUGCUAAACAUACCUAAAUUCAAGUGUGUGUAUGCGUGCACGUACUUUACGAGUAUAUGCAUGUGUGUGUUUACGUGUGUGUGCGUGUGCGUGUGUGUGCGAGUGUAUGCAUACUUGUGUGUGUGUUUCAAUCCAUAUUUCUAGGUAGAGCAGGUGUGUGUCUGGAGGAGCGUUACCUCAGUGGGAGCAGGAGGAGGUCAUCCCUCAGGGUGGUGUUGUUACUACCGUACCCAGAGAGGGAGAGGGACAAGCGGACAGAGGAGCCCAGGGCCCUUCUUUUUCUUUGGAGGAGGGAACAGGGCCUCCAUGUGAGUCACUCCCCUAUACCAAUGACGUGA